CUGAUUCACACCAGUCAGUCUGUCACCUGUACAAGGAACCAGAGAUGGGGUUAAAGAAAUCAGUCAAGAAAGCUGAAAGGCUGUUAAAGAAAUCUGACUAUGCAGUACAGAAACACAUUGAAGUUGUUUCCAGCAUUCUGUUCAAGAUUUGCUCGCUUCCUGUGUUUAAAAAGAUCUGUGAUGCAAUAGACUUUUCUGAGCCAGCAGAAGAUCUUGAUCACGAUAACUUCAGUGUGUUUCCGUCUUUGCGUGGAUAUCACUGGAGGGGUAAAGAUUGCAAUGACAUAGACAAGUCUAUUUAUCCUGGCAGAAGACCUGAAGACUGGGAUGCCCUGUAUGAUUCAAACUGCAACGGCAUUUCGGAUCUACCAGGACACUCAGAUCGUGUUCCAUCUUUGGCCCACCAAGGUGUACUCCUUUUCAAUUUU